AUGUGCACCGGACACACCACCCUACCCACAACUGCAACGUUUCUGAGCACGGAUAUGACAGCCACAGCGUGGGAGACCAACCUCACACCAACCAAUGGAAGUGAACAGGCCUUCGAUGAACCUGAUACAGAGUUCAUAAUCCUCCAAUUACUGACAAUCGUCGUGAUCCUGGUGGGACUGGCAGGGAACGCGGUGGUGCUCUGGCUCCUGGGCUUCCGCAUGCGCAGGAACUCCUUCUCUGUCUACAUCGUCAACCUGGCGGGGGCUGACUUCAUCUUCCUCUGCUGCCAGAUUAUACGGUCGCUAUGUUUAACUUUCUACUUCGAAUUUGUCCCAUUUGAAAUCUACGGAUUUGUCAACGCUGUGACAGUGUUUACCUACAUCUCAGGCCUGAGUUUUCUCAGCGCCAUCAGCACGGAGCGCUGCAUGUCUGUCUUGUGGCCCAUCUGGUACCGCUGCCGCCGCCCCAGACACCUGUCAGCUAUCACGUGUGCCCUGCUCUGGGCCCUGUCCCUGCUGCUGAGCAUCCUGGAUAAAAAUAUCUCUAUCUUUCUGUGGAAUUUUUUCAGCCAGUCCAUGUAUCGGGUAUUUAAUUUCAUCACUGCGAUGUGGCUGAUUUUGUUAUUUGUGCUUCUUUCUGGGUCCAGCCUGGCCCUGAUGACCAGACUGCUGUGGGGCUCCAAACGGGUACCGCCCACCAGGCUCUAUGUGACCCUCGUGCUCACGGUGCUGGUCUUCCUCCUCUGCGGCCUGCCCUUUGGCAUCCACUGGUUCCUCUUAAUCUGGUUUGAAAUGUAUUUAGAUGCCUUCCCUCUUGUUGACCAGUUUGUAGUACCCCUGUCCUGUGUCAACAGCGGUGCCAACCCCAUCAUUUACUUCUUCGUUGGCUCCUUCAGGCAGCGAUGGUGGAAGCGGAGACACACCCUGAGGCUGAUUCUCCAGAGGGCUCUACAGGACACUCCUGAGGUGGAUAAACCUGGAGAAAGCCUUCCUGGGGAAACCCUGGCCAUGUCGGGAAGCAGUCUGGGGCAGUGAUGAGAGCCUCUGUCCUGAUCAGUCUGAAGUAACUUCCAGACUCAAUAUUGCCCUGCCAGGCUUGGAAAGUAUCUAGUUUUCUCUCAGUCUCAGCCCCAAAAUACUUCAGUGAUUCCCCAACCUAUUCAAAUAGGUUCUUUUUUAACCUGGCUGUUCUAGUUUUUCUCAGAGAAAGCAUUAGUCUGAAAGUUAUACCUCUCCU